CUUUUAAGUCCUCACUUGGGCCCUUGCCGCUUUCCACGUUCCCGAAUCAGUAUCCAGUACCCACCAUCCAACAACAAUGGCGACUGAUUCUGAACCCUCCCUGCCCUUUAAACCCUACACCCUCACCCAAACCCUGACCGGCCACAAGCGCGCCAUCUCGUCCGUCAAAUUCUCAUCCAGCGGUCGCCUCCUUGCCUCCUCGUCCGCCGACAAAACCCUCCGCACCUACUGCUUAUCCAACUCCGAUUCCAAUGUCGAUCCCAUCGUCUCUCCCCUCCAAGAAUUCCACGGCCACGAGCAAGGCGUCUCCGACCUGGCCUUCUCAUCUGAUUCUCGUUUCCUCGUCUCGGCCUCCGACGACAAGACUCUCCGGCUCUGGGAUGUCCAGACGGGGUCCCUCGUCAAGACCCUCGCGGGCCACACCAACUACGUCUUUUGCGUCAACUUUAAUCCACAGUCCAACAUGAUCGUCUCUGGCUCCUUCGACGAGACGGUCCGCGUCUGGGACGUCAAGUCCGCCAAGUGCCUCAAGGUCUUACCCGCCCACUCCGACCCCGUCACAUCCGUAGAUUUCAACCGCGACGGCUCCUUGAUCGUCUCCAGCAGCUAUGACGGCUUGUGUCGGAUUUGGGAUGCCGGGACCGGCCAUUGUAUGAAGACCUUGAUCGACGAUGAGAACCCGCCGGUCUCCUUCGUCAAGUUCUCGCCCAAUGGCAAGUUUCUUCUUGUUGGCACUCUGGAUAACACUUUGAGGCUUUGGAACUAUUCGACUGGGAAAUUUUUGAAGACCUACACUGGUCAUGUGAACUCCAAAUACUGCAUUUCGUCUGCCUUUUCUAUAACAAAUGGGAAGUAUAUUGUUAGUGGUUCUGAAGAUAAUUGUCUAUACUUGUGGGAGCUGCAGACCAGGAAAAUAGUUCAGAAAUUGGAAGGUCACACGGACACUGCUAUAUCCGUAUCAUGUCACCCCACUCAGAACAUGAUCGCGUCUGGUGCACUUGGCAAUGACAAAACUGUGAAGAUCUGGACUCAGGAUAAAGAUUGAUUUACCCGUUCAAGUCUGCAAGUCAGAUUGCAUCUGUCUUGUGGCUAAACCUCUUUUUUAUGAACUUUUUAUUUUUAUUUUUAUGAGCGUGAGCCAGACCCAUCAUACUGGCUGAAACACUUGCAUUGUAGCCUUAUUCAAUCAAUGUAUGUAAGAGCCUAGCUUAUUUAGGAUCAGACCGAAUUAAUGCUGAUGUCCAAACUGUUAUUCAAUAUAACCAAGGCCGUAUAAUCUUGUGAAAAA